CCGAUGACAAAUACACCGAAAACAAAGGUUUCAGAAGUUUUUUAUAACAAAAUGAAAUCAUAUUCAAGUUCAUUGUAAAACGUAAUAGGAUUUGAGAAUUUUUGAUUAUUUUUUAAUUAAAAGUUCAGUGUUUUUUCUGUCCGUGUGACUAACGCAAGCCAUUGCUAGUUUUUCCUGAACACAUGCUAGUCCAAGCUUCGAGAUCCCCAACUCCCCGCCCCAAAAAACCUCCCGAUUCCCGAUCCCAUCCCGAACUCACGGAAUUGCAUGCCGAAUUCGCAAAAAGCCAAGUCAGACGGCCAACCAGUUUCACUUGCGAAAGCAACCAGCUUCCAUUUCCAUUUCAUUCGAGAGUUGACCGCGCUCAAACGCGUUUCGGGCCAAGUAGCGCAACAAUCAAAAGUAAAUCCCAUUCCCAACAUGAAGGAGGCCAAUUUGGAGGAUCAGUAUGAGCGUUUUCCGGAGAUCAGGCGAUCGGAAGUGGUAAAGUUUUUGGACUGGAUCCACGCCCAGCCGCACAUCUCGGAUAGGUUUUCGGAGGGCGAAGCUUUGCACUUCUUCCACGCCUGCCGCAACAGCAUGGAGGUGGCCAAGCAGGUCCUCGAUACCAAUCUCACGGCCCGCACCCACCUGGAGGAGUUCUUCGUGAACCUCGACUGCGAGCGCCCUGAGAUCAGGCGAGCUAUGCGAACUGUUUCCAUUGUCCCUCUGCCAGGGGCCACACCCGAAGGAUAUCGUGUGAUUCUCGCUAAGCUCGAUGACUUGAAUACCUCCAACUAUAACUUUGCAGAUGUUAUGAAACUAUAUUGCAUGGUAUUUGACUUUUGGAUGUAUGAGGAUGGAAUUCAGCCAGGACACGUCAUUGUUAUCGAUCUGAAAAACACAUCUUUGGGACAUGUAGCUCGAAUUGGCCUUUUGCAAAUGAAAAAGUUUCUAUUUUAUCUGCAGGAAGCAGCUGCCAUCAGGCUUAUAGGCUUUCACUUUAUUAACAUUGUACCUUUCAUGGACAAGAUUCUGGCGCUAAUGACUCCUUUUAUGAAAAAGGAACUGACCACUGUACUACAUAUGCACAGUGACUUGAAGGAAUUCUAUAAGUUUGUGCCGAAGAAAAUGCUCCCUAAGGAAUACGGCGGUGAAGUUGAAGAGACCAACUUGGCCAAAGAAAUUUACUACAAAAAGUUGCUGGACAAUCAAAAGGAAAUGCUUGAAUUUGAGACUCGCCAUCAGGUGAACGAAAAACUGCGACCCGGCAAAGCCAAAUCUGCUUCGGAUCUUUUUGGUAUUGAGGGAAACUUCAAGAAAUUGGACAUUGAUUGAGCAAUUG